CGGAGAAGCUCCCGAAGAUAUGCGCGAGCUUCUAUUCUUUUCCCAAUCUUUUGAUUAACUUCACUUUCUCUCACAGAAGCACCCAAACCUGUCACUUCAAUUCUUCCUAGAGCUUCACGGACAACAAUUGACUUUCUUAUCGAGGCGAUCACCCAAAUUGCGGGGAAAGCUGCCGCUGAAACAGCUAUCCCACCAUCGCAAUGCUUCGUUCCACAGCCACGCGAUCACUACUCAAAAGCUUCACCAAAGCCCCUACCGCAAGAUCAAGCUUCAGUGCAGCUUCCAUCCAAUUUCGCAAUGCCAGUCCUCUCCGCCAAGUAAACAAUAACCGUCCCCAAGUCCGCAUUGCGAUUCCUCGCCUAACAACUACAUCAUUGCUCUAUGCGACCACGAAAGCAGGGCCACCCUUUGACAAAAUCGACGAAAAAGCAGAACAAAAACUGGCAAAAAAGCCUCUUGAAGCACAUCCCGAUGAAGUGUCAGGUGGAUCUAGCGUUCGACAUGUAUUCGAGAAGGGCCAAGGGGAGGGAGUCAAAGGUGACGAGAUGACUGGAGCAAUAAAGGCGGAUCUAAGAACAAUCAGAGAGACAUUCUCUCUAGCGGACGUUCCCAAAGAAUCAUUGUACAUUGGAGCCGCCGGCAUCCUCCCCUACGCGGCUACUUCGCUGUCAACAGUGUUCCUGGCCUAUGAUAUCAAUCAUGCUCAUGAUACUGGACGGGGAAUAUUGUUCUCUCCAGAGACGGCACACCAACUUCUUGACCUAAUAACUCCCAUUCAAAUUGGAUAUGGCGCAGUUAUUAUUUCUUUCCUUGGAGCUAUCCAUUGGGGUCUCGAAUAUGCCGGAUAUGGAGGAUACCACAGCUAUCGUCGAUACAUAUAUGGAGUCAUCGCUCCUGCAGUUGCAUGGCCUACUAUCUUCAUGCCUGUAGAAUAUGCCUUGAUCACUCAAUUUUUGGCUUUCAACUUCCUCUACUUCGCGGACGCUCGUGCUACAGUUCGUGGAUGGUUUCCGGAAUGGUACUCUGUGUACCGUUUCGUCCUCACCUUUUUCGUCGGUGCCUCGAUCGUUAUCAGCUUGAUUGGACGAGGCCAGAUUGUUAAAGCUGACCACACCCUCAGAAACCCUGUUGACUACGUCAAGAAGGAUCGAGAUAGCCAGUGGGAAGCCUUUGAGCGUGAGGAAAAGGAGCGUCGAGCUCAGAUGGUGAAGGAAGACGAAGACGGAGAGAAAAGUGAGGAUGACUCGGAGGAGAGCAAAGAUGACGGAGAUGACCAAAAGGACGACAAAAAAGAGGACAAGGAAGCCGAAAAGAAGGAUAAGAAAGAGAAGAAGUGA